UCGGCGGUCGCCAUCAGACGCCAACGCAUCGCUUCGAGCCGAUAUCUUCGAAGAAAAAGCGAGAGACGGCAUCCAUGGGGGAGACGAUAUGGGAAGCGGACGACGUCGAUCGAGCUGCGGAGAAGGAUCGAACGGUAGCCCUAGAGCCAGCGGAGUCCGAGAACGAAGAGGAAUUGCCGGAGGGCCUCCAAUGUUGCGUUUGCCUGGAUCUUCUUUACAAGCCGAUUGCUCUUGCAUGUGGCCAUGUCUGUUGUUUUUGGUGCAUUCACAAAUCUAUGAGUGCAUAUGGUGACUCAUCAUGUGCAUUCUGUAGAAGCUCUUACAAUCACUUUCCAAGUAUAUGCCAGACAUUUCACCUUUUGAUUCGGAAAAAGUUUCCUGUGGCCUAUAGAAGAAGAGGAGAGCAAGUUUUAGAGGAGGAAAAGGAACAUGGUUGCUUCUCGCCGCAGUUUGGUGAGGCUGCUGACUGUGCAGACAGUAAUGCCAACAAUGGAGCUUCUCAGGUCCUAUCUGUCAAUGAUGCACUGUGCCCUGCAUGCAAGCAGCUGCUCUAUCGACCAGUGGUUCUUAAUUGUGGCCAUGCCUUUUGUCGAUCAUGUGUGACGAAUUUGCAGAAUGGGAGCUUAAUAUGUGAAGUCUGUCAAAGUCCUCACCCCGGAGAAUGCUCAAAAGUGUGCUUGGAGUUUGAUAGAUUCUUGCAGGAAGAAUUCCCUGAGGCAUAUGUUCAAAGAAGGGCAGCUGUUGGACAAAUAGCUUGUACGCAUGAAGGUUCAUCAAUCUGUACUGGUACCAGCCAAACUAAGAAGGUCGUCAAGGUAGUACCUCGUCAUGCUGAAAUGCAUGAAAGGUAUCAGGAUGUUCACUUUGGAGUUGGAUGUGACACCUGUGGGGCUUUUCCAAUUAUCGGAAAGAGGUACAGGUGCACAGGCUGCACUGAAGAAAUUGGUUUUGAUAUGUGUGAUUUGUGUUACAACUCGAAGUCCAAGCUUCCUGGGCGGUUUAACCAGCAGCACAAGCCUGAGCAUUCGUUCAAACUAGUGCGACCACCUAUGAUCAGAUACAACAUCCUUGGAUUCUUGGACGAUGAACCAAUUGAGGAAAACCAAGAAUUAUCUGGGUAAGCCGAUGCAACAUGGAUGCCAAGGCUCAGAGUGAUGCUUUACAAGUCGCACGGCUUUGGUUUUGGACGUGGUGCAUCAUGUAGACCAUGUUCUUGGCGAGCUUAUUCCCAUGAAAUAAUGUAGUUUGCGUUUAAUGGUUGCUGUUGAAGACCCUUGCUGGUGUAAUUAGCACAUAGUUUAAGCAAAAAUUUGUUGGUGUUCCGGUUGCUAUGUUACUAUCUAACUUCUGUUCAGUGUUCUGCUAAAUUUGCUUUUCUGUUCUA